AUGACUACCUCGUCAGAAGAUGUGUUGCUUAGUGUAAACCAUGUGCGUUAUAAAAAGGGCGAUGGGACAUUGUAUGUAAUGAAUCAAAGACUAGCCUGGAUGCUUGAGAAUCGAGACACUGUUGCUGUAUCUCAUAAAUAUGCUGAUAUUAAAACUCAAAAAAUAUCUCCUGCUGGUAAACCAAAAGUGCAAUUACAAGUGGUAUUGCAUGAUGGCACUUGUUCAACUUUUCAUUUUGUUAACCCUGCUGGAGCAGAAGCACAAGCUAAAGACAGGGAUAAAGUCAAGAUGUUGUUACAGAAUCUUCUUCCUAAAUUUAAGAGACAAAUAGAUGGAGAAUUAGAAAUGAAAUCUAGGUUAUUAUCAUUACAUCCUAUUUUGAAGCAUUUAUAUGAAGACUUAGUUAUAUCAAAAGUUAUUAAUAGUGAAGAAUACUGGAAUACACCAACAUUAAAACAUUAUACAGAAUCAACUAAUUUGAAGCAAGAAGCUGGUGUAUCAGGAGCAUUUUUAGCAGAUAUUCAGCCACAAACUGAUGGCUGUAAUGGUCUUAAAUACAAUCUCACACAAGAUAUCAUAGAUGCUAUAUUUAAAACAUACCCGGCUGUGAGAAAGAAACAUGUAGAUUAUGUUCCUAAUAAAAUGACUGAGGCCGAGUUUUGGACUAAGUUUUUUCAAUCACAUUAUUUUCAUAGGGAUCGCAUAGCAUCAUCAUCAAGUAAAGAUCUGUUUGGAGAGUGUGCCAAAAUGGAUGAUCACGCGAUCGCGUCCGCAAUGAAACACACUACCUUAGAUCUCACAGUUGAUUUAGCACACUUUGCAGAACCAGUUCCCCUUUUACCGGAUGACGAAUACACAGAAAAAGAAAAGGACAGUAAUUCCAUUCAUCGCAGCAUGAUAAAACGGUUUAACCAACACUCAAUUAUGGUGCUUAAAGCUAGUCACAAAAGUUCAAGCAGUAGUAACAAUAAAUCAACAAAUAAUAACAAAGUUGAAAACGGCGUUAAAGAGGCAAAUGGCAUAGACAAGCGAUCAACGGAUGAGAGUGAACCCGUAGACAAAAAAAGGAGGAUGUUAGAAAAAAUUAAAUAUGAAGACUUGGACGAUGAGGAUGAUAGUAAUCGUGCGCCGGAGUUGAAAUUGUCUAAGGUAGAACGGUAUUUAUUAGGUCCAUCUUCACAAGUAACACAAUCUACAUCAAGUAGUAAUAACCCACCGCCACUGUCAGCGUUGUCGUCUAUAUGUCAGGCGUGGUCAAACGGCCAGCAAUGCCUGCGUCCAUUUCGUGUAAGUGCUGCGGCGGCAGUAGGGGCUUUGGGAGAACUCAGCCCCGGCGGCGCCCUUAUGAGGCAACACCACGCUGCAUCUAUGGCUCAGUUAAUACCAUCGGACAUAAAAUUAGAAUUACACCGUAUAUACUACUCGGGCGGGGAGUUACUCCGGGAACUCUGGCGAUGUUUUCCUCAACCCGGCGGCGGCGCAGAUACAGAGGAUAAUGCGGCGAAGGCAGAAAAAUUCUAUGAAGCGCUACUACGAUUUAGAAACGUCAAAUUGCGGCCGUUUGAGGAAAAAAUGCUCCGUGACCUUACACCACUAGCGACAUCUUUAACGCGACAUAUAAACCAAAUGAUAGACGCGGCCUGUUCCAAAUACGCCCUUUGGCAACAAAGACAAGCGAAACAUAGAUAG